UGACAGCCUUCGCAUCAAGUAUUUUAAGUACGAAUGUUCCUGUCCAAAUGUUCACUGCGCUGUGCGGUUACGGAAUUGGUCAAUCCUUAUUCUCCGAAUGAAAAAUACGAUAUAUAAUGUGGGUUACGGUUGGGCUCAUACCAGAGGAGUCUUAUCCAACACAUCCCAUCUUCAAUAUCACUCACGCUUACCAUGAAUUUUGGAGGAGACGUGUUAGGCUACUGGGGUCGAAACAUUAUCCAUGAUCAUGACAGUGUUCUUCUCAAAAAGCUUCCUGGACAAUCCGAGCCACAGGCUGGUCGUGGACAGACUCCGCAGCUACCGAAGCUACCGACGCUAUCGCAGCUACCGCUCUCCUCUGUUGGCGCUAGAAGUAAGUCAAGCCUCCCGGUUGGAAUUUUAGGGGCAGGAGUUGGUGGUCUAUACACCGCCCUCAUGCUAGAUUCGCUGGGCAUCAACUACGAGAUCUUGGAGGCGUCGGACCACACCGGUGGCCGCCUUUUCACCUACAAGUUCCCCAAUAGCGAGGAAUAUGACUACUACGAUGUUGGCGCCAUGAGGUCCCCCCUGCCGCAGAAAGACAGUGAAGGCAAAUACAAGACCGGUAUCAUGAAGCGCUUGGGCGAGUUGAUCGACUAUUCAAAGCUCAACGACGGUCCCGUACCUCUCAAGUCCAAACUUAUCAAUUACUAUUACGAGGCGAGGGAAGGAGGAUCCUUCCUAUACUACAACAAUGAACAGUAUCAAGUUUCUGAUACAUCGCACCCUCCUGACUUCCGUGCCGAGAAAAUGGGUGUCGAGUCCGAGUAUAUCUCUGUGGGAGUAGAGAAUAUUGUCGACGACGUCGUUGAGCCGUUCGCUCGCAUACUCAUAAACGAUCUGGAGAAGCAAUGCACUAAGGGGUGGGAGGUCAUGAAGGAGAACGACGCAUACUCGCUUCGCGCAUAUAUGUCAUUCAAGUACAUUCCCAGUGUCAACCUCAAACUUCCGCCUAUGCAUCUUUCCAAUAAUGUUAUCAAUUGGUGCGAGACAUUCGACGACAGCACCGGCUCGUAUGAUCGCGCUUUAACUGAAGCAGUUCUCGAAUCGCUGGCGUUCGCCAAGGCCGAUUCAGAAAUCAUCGGAGACGUAGAAUGGAAGUGUUUCGACGGCGGUUCUCAUGUGCUCAUCGACUACAUGACGAAAUACAUCACCAAUAAUGGCACCAAUGCUCUCAUCAACUUCAAUAAGAGAGUCACUCGCAUCUGCCAGGGUGAUCACACCAUGGAGGUUUCUGUGCGGGGCGAAGGUGCUAGCCGCACAUAUUCACAUGUUAUAUCGACCAUCCCUCUGCCGUGCUUACGGACGAUCGAUCUCUCUGGUGCUGGUUUAAACGUGAUGCAGAAAAACGCAUUGCGCAAGCUACAGUACGGUCCUUCAAUCAAAAUUGGGGUCCGCUUCACAUCAGCGUGGUGGACGGACCUGUUCAAUAUCGUAGGAGGCCAAUCAUUCACCGACCUUCCCAUUCGAACUAUCGUCUACCCCUCUUACGGGGUCGAUUCUGCCUCACCAUCCACAGUGCUGAUCGCGAGCUACUGUUGGACAAAUGACGCAGAACGCUUGGGAGCGCUCAUCGGCACCGGUAAAGAAGAGUACAUCGAGCAACUAAAGGAACUCGUGCUGCGCGAUCUCGCGGCAGUACACAAAGGUGAAGCGACUUAUGAGUUCUUGUUGAGCCAAUACAAGGACAUGCAUGCAUGGGACUGGAACUACGACCCGCUUACCAUGGGUGCCUUUGCGCAGUUUGGGCCUGGAGAUUUCCAGGAUUUAUACACGUCUCUUAGCGCUCCAAAUCAUAACAAGAGGUUCCAUUUCGCUGGAGAAGUCAUCAGCACCCGUCAUGCUUGGGUUGUUGGUGCGUUGGACAGUGCAUGGCGUGCAGUGUACGAAUACCUGCUCGCUUCUGGAGAUGGAUCUGAAGAGUCUCAAGCCAUUAUCAAGAAAUUCUUCAAACUGUGGGGCGAGAACGUUGAGUGGGUAUACCCAUCAUCCUUGUGUGGUAAAGAAGAAGGCAGUACAGAGGAAAACACUAUGCUGCGAGUCCACAUGGGAUUCACAUAUGCUGGUGAAAUAUCUGGGGAGGUGAAGUUUUGAACAAGACGGAGUAGUUAGCUUGA